AUGGGGGGUGAAACGGUGAAUGGGUCAUGGUUCAGUGCUUUGUGGCCAGUCUCUCGCAAGAGUGCAUCAUCAGAUAACAAGGCAGUGGUGGGAAUUUUGGCAUUAGAAGUGACAGGGUUGAUGUUGAAGGUGGUUAAUUUAUGGCAGUCUUUGAGUGAUGGAGAGGUAUCGAGUCUAAGGGAAGGGAUAGUGAACUCAGUUGGAGUCAAAAUCCUGGUGUCUGACAGUGAUGACUACUUGAUGGAACUUGCGUUGAAUGAGAUACUUGAUAACUUUCAAUCUCUUGCACGCUCUGUGGCUGGGUUGGGUAAGAAAUGCGUUGAUCCAGUUUAUCAUCGUUUUGAACAUUUUGUUCAUAACCCAGCUCAAAAUUAUUUUCAAUGGUCUGGGUGGGAGUAUAGGUGGAAAAAGAUGGAGAGGAAAGUGAAGAAGAUGGAAAAAUUUGUUGCCGCUAUGACACAGUUUUGCCAAGAGAUUGAGGUGCUAGCAGAGGUUGAACAGACUUUCAGGAGAAUGCAGGCAAAUCCGGAAUUGCAUCGGGUGAAAUUGCUUGAGUUUCAGAAGAAGGUCGUGUUGCAGCGCCAGGAAGUGAGGAAUCAAAGAGACAUGUCUCCAUGGAAUAGAAGUUAUGAUUAUGUUGUCCGGUUGUUGGCGAGAUCACUGUUUACAAUCCUAGAGAGGAUCAUAAUUGUCUUUGCAAAUAAACACCCACCAACUGUACAACCACAGAAUGAUUCUCCACAUAUGAACUCUAACAAUCUUCUGCGAAGUCAUUCCUUUUCUGUUAUGCAUUCUUCUGUUUAUCCUUCAGAGAAUGAUCUUUGUAGAUUCAAUUCAGGUCCUGUCGGGGGGAGGCCAGUAUCAAACUCAGGCUUUUUAGUAGGCAAGGGCAAAAGAAAGAAGAAACAGCAGCAAGGUCUUCAUGAGCCUGUUUUCUGCAAAAAGAACACAUAUUCAGAAGGCAAGCAGUUAGGACAUAUUGUGGCCUUCAAAGGUUGUAUGUCUGCUGCAAACAGUUCUCCCGUCAUACAGAGCUGCAUGCAGACAAAUGGUGGCUCCAUGAGGUUGACUGAUUGUCAUUUGAAAUCUUUUGAUAAAAUGAAAACAGUGGAUCAGUUAUCUCUCUCCAACAGAACUAGAAUAUAUUCUAAAUUAUCCAUCAAUAGCCAGUUAAAGCCGGCUUCUAAAUCUCUGGGUGAUGCGGCCCUAGCCCUACAUUAUGCAAAUAUGAUUGUAUUGAUUGAGAGGAUGGUGUCAUCACCUCACCUGGUAGAUCUUGCCACAAGAGAUGAUCUGUACAGUAUGCUUCCAACUACGGUAAGAACUGCUCUAAGGGCUAAGCUUAAGAGCCGUGCAAAAAGUAAAUCUUCCUCCAGUCAUCAUGAUGCAAACCUUGCUGCUGAAUGGAGUCUGGUACUUGCACAGAUACUGGAAUGGUUGGCUCCACUGGCCCAUAACAUGAUAAGCUGGCAUUCUGAGAGAAAUUUUGAGAAGGAGCACUCAAUUUUUAACGCAAAUGUUUUACUUGUCCAAACUCUUUACUUUGCAAAUCAACCAAAAACUGAGGCUGCAAUAGUUGAUCUUCUUGUGGGUCUCAAUUAUGUGUGCAGAAUUGAUACAAAAGCUGGCACAAGAGAUACACUGGAUCGUGCUAGCACUAGAACUUCUAAUGGUGUUCGUUUGAGAAAGAAUGGAAUGUACAAUGAAUUUUUAUAG